ACUCAGACAACAGAGCAGAUUGUUGUAUAGUCACUAGCUUUGUAGCGGCGGCUGCAACGUCUGAUCUCCGAGGAGGAGGUUAGCAGAAAGCACACAGCUCUCGGCACCUCCUCGACCACUGCCUAGUUAGCUCCCAUGGCCAGCUACUUCGCGGCGCAGCUCAAGGACAUGUUCUUCGGGCUCGUCGAGCGCAUCACGGGCUAUGGCUGGAGCGAAGGCCAGGAUGGUUCGUCAGGUGCACAAGAGCCCUCCAAGCUGACAUCUGAAGAGGUCUCUCCAGCUGAAGAAGAGGUGACCGUGGUACAGAACAUUCAGAUCAGAGCAAGAAGCAGCGCGGAUCCCAUUGUGUCAGGUGGCACAAAGCCUCAGGUUAACUAGCAUUAUAUAUGAAGGGACUAUAGAGCUUAACUGCAGUCUCUACGUUGUGUCUGCUUCCAUGGCCUAGAGAGAAGAUGCCUGUGGUGUUUUUUAACUUUUCAAGCAAGGAUGCGUAUGUCAUGUUCCGUCAUGCAAUCUGAUCAGAGCGUGUCCGAGUCCUAUCACUUAGUUUGUAAUCCAUGUCAUGUAUGUUUGUGUCGGCUCAUGGUCGAGCUUGGUACGUAUUAGGUUGUCUGUGUCAUGUUUGUUGAUCAAACUUGUAGUGUUCCUUCAUAAAGCAUGCAUUAAUCUGUUCGAUCCUUUCUUCAGCUUAAGCAGUACGUGUACUCAGAGCUCCUGCCUUGUGGCUGCAUGUGUUCUAUCUACGUGAUUAAACAAGCAAACUUCGUUGUACUCC